AUGAGCACGUUGCCAUGGAAUUUUGGCGUGGUGAUGCUGGUGGUUAUCACGGCGCGCAAGGCUGUGUAUGUAACAGAGGACAACCAGAUCAAUCUCAAACAAUGGGUGGUCCCAUUGGUGGACUCGGGUGCUGUAUUGACAUUCAAGGACCCCAAUUUGGACGCACCAGAUGACUUGGUGCUGCGCUGGGCUCGCCUUGCCCUCUCCUGCACCGCCAUGCCAGCGUCCUCCCGCCCCUCCAUGAAUCAAGUGCUUGGAGAGCUGGUGAAGCUGAAGCAGGAAGCAUUUGGAGAACAUGAGAAGAGCCAUGUGGGCGAGGUUGUAUCUUUCAUCAACAUGGAAAUGGGGAGUUCCAUUGGCUCCUCCAGCUUCACUGCUGAAAUGGCCCGUGCGGAGCGCGAGGGCAUGCCAAGUGGCUCUUCCACGUAA